CCUCUAAUGGGCCCCUCGCCCAACUUCCGGCGGUGCAAAGAAACUAUUAUUUCCAGCCAACAUACUUAUGCGGACAUCACCGGUUGCAUCUUCUCUGUUUUAUGGAACAGCUGUGCUUAACUGAAGUGGUGAAACUCACUUUCUCAGAAGCACUGUGAUAAAUUAAGUAACAGUACUUCCUGAAACCAUCAAGAAGAAUGUCUGUGACAUUGCAUACAGAUGUAGGUGAUAUUAAAAUAGAAGUCUUUUGUGAGAGGACACCCAAAACCUGUGAGAAUUUCUUGGCUCUUUGCGCCGGUAAUUACUACCAUGGCUGUAUAUUUCAUAGAAAUAUCAAGGGUUUCAUGGUUCAAACAGGAGAUCCAACAGGUACUGGAAGAGGAGGUAACAGCAUCUGGGGGAGGAAGUUUGAGGAUGAAUACAGUGAAUAUCUUAAGCACAAUGUUAGAGGUGUUGUAUCCAUGGCUAAUAAUGGCCCAAACACCAAUGGAUCUCAGUUCUUUAUCACCUAUGGCAAGCAGCCACAUUUGGACAUGAAGUACACAGUAUUUGGAAACUCACCUCAUCGUCAUAAUGUGGGCAUGACAGCUCCAAUCAAACCAUCUGUGUGGCACUCAGAAAGAAGGAAGGAUAAAAGGGUAAUAGAUGGUCUGGAGACCCUAGAUGAACUGGAGAAGUUACCAGUAAAUGAGAAGACAUAUCGACCUCUUAAUGAUGUACACAUUAAGGACAUAACUAUUCAUGCCAACCCAUUUGCUCAGUAGCUAUAAUAGACCUGGGCAAAUACUUGGCAAGCUGUUCCGGGAACACACCUAUUGUGGUUUACCCAGUUCUAUUUGUGUCAGCGAUUGCAUCAUCCUUCUGCUUGUUUACAGCUAAGAGCUUCUAUGAGGUGGUGAUUCCAAGGGGAGAUAAACAGCUUUUACCCUUACUCUUAUGAGCAUAUUCUUUACUACAAUUGUUAUCCAAUUUGUUUAAUUUUAAUAUUAAAAAACUUGUUUUAAUUUUUGUUAUAAAUAAACAUAUAUUUUUAAA